CCCACUCGACGCGCUUGCGUUCAUUUCACCUAUCUUUAUACAUGAUUAAUUCAUAGCUUCACAAUUCGGUUUGUGAUUUUGUAAAUUAGCAAAUGAAAAUGGUAAAAUUAUGACUGUAGAUUAUGCGCGCGCUAGCAGUGUCAAUAUGGGUAUUCAUCAACCUGCUAUUUUUCGGAAUGUGCGGAUACAUGUACCUACUGUGGUCGCAAUAUUGGAUUUACACACAAACCGAAGACUCCACCACUGCCUACAAUUAUGACCAACAGAUUUAUUACUAUAACCGGGGAUAUCCUCCAAGUUAUUUCAACGACACGCCGAAAUCUAACGCAAGCGAUCGAAGAAAACGUGCUCAACAUGCAACGAAAGAAAAUCCGGUUACCAUUAUUAGAAAUAGUAAGCCCAGAUUUCCAAAUUUACAAGAGAGCGAGUUUCAGAUGGACACGAGAAAGUUUCAGUGUUUUCAGAAUGACAGUACGACUGAGUGUGACGAAAAAACCUUCGAGUUUAAAACGCAACUCUUGAAGGAGUUGCGCAGGGUAUCGUUGAUGGAUGAGAGUAACAUACUCAAAAACAAAAAUCCAUACAAUGUACACUAUAAUGGCUCAAAGGGGGUCGAUAAAAACGUCAAAGAAAUGCUAUGUUCACUACGAAGUAUUAAUCUAAAAACGAUUACAAGAAAUGAAUACCCCUUCAGUAACGAGACUGUCAAAGAGUAUUUCCCUAAAAAGGGUUUAUUUCAAAAUAAAACAUUUAAAAGUUGCGCAAUUGUGGCGAGUGCCGGCUCACUCAAGGGCUCCUCACUUGGACAGAUGAUAGAUUCCCACGAGGUGGUGUUACGCUUCAACCACGCACCUACGGAGCACUACGAAACGGAUGUUGGCGAGAAGACAACUUUUCGCAUUCUGAACUCCCAAGUGGUUUCCAAACCCAAAUUUAAGUUUCUCCAGUCGAAAAUAUACCGCAAUAUUACAAUAUUAGUAUGGGAUCCUAGCCGAUAUAUGGAACCCUUAGAUGACUGGUUUAAAAAGCCCGAUUUUAACCUAUUCCCCAAUUAUUUUGAGCACAGGCGAGGUGAUCGCAGAACGAAGACGUACGUCUUGAACCCGAUCUCUUUGUGGGAUCUUUGGGUAUCACUGCAGACGUACACCAUAAAUCAAUUACCUAGAAACCCACCCUCUUCCGGAUUUUUAGGUUUGGCGGUUCUGCUGCACCAUUGCGAUUACGUCGACAUGUUCGAGUAUAUACCUUCGGCUCGAGUCACCAAAAUAUGCCAUUAUUACGACGAAGAGGACAAUCCCGCCUGUACGUUUGGAGUUUGGCAUCCACUCGCGUCGGAAAAACUAUUUGCGUAUUCUUUGAAUAUUGCUAGUGAUAAUACUGUAUUUCAAACUGGCUAUAUAAGGAUACCUGGGUUUAGCCAGUAUUGUUAAUUUUAAUCUAUUAGUUUUGAAGCCUUUACUACGUUGCCUAAAUUCGUAUUUUAGUAUACCGUCCAAGUAAAACGUAAUCCAUUUACUCUUGUAAGGGGCUGUAUAAUUUUGUAGUAACUUACAUUAAGUGCCAAAUUUUAUUUGUUUCUAUUGAGAUUAAACGCUGUUAGAGACGUU